AUAGUUCAUAAUCUGAUACUCAUACCUCUUCUCCGUACACACACACACCCUCCUCUUUUCUUCCAUCUCUCACAAACAAAUCAAACUUCUCUUACCUCAUGGCGGCCAAGCUUCCAUUAGUUCUCUUCCUCUCUUCUCUCUUCAUCCAUGCAGCUCUAGCUGCUUUUGUGUGUGAGGAUUUGCCGAAUGACGUUUGCGCGUUUUCGGUGUCUUCUGCUGGGAAAAGAUGUUUGAUAGAAACCAUGGCAAAGAACAAUGGAAACGUAGAAUACCAGUGCAGGACAUCAGAGGUUAUGGUUGAGGGGUUGGCCGAGUAUAUGGAGACAGAUGAGUGUGUGAAUGCUUGCGGUGUGGAUAGAAAGUCCGUCGGAAUUUCCUCCGACUCCCUUCUUGAGCCUCAAUUUAUGAGCAAGCUUUGCUCACCCAACUGUUACCAGAAAUGCCCCAACAUUGUUGAACUUUACUUCAACUUGGCUGCCGGAGAGGGAGUGUUCUUGCCUGAUCUGUGUGAGAGACAAAGAUCUAACCCUCACCGUGCCAUGAUUGAACUUAUGAGCUCCGGCGAGGCUGCCCCUGGUCCGGUUACAUCAGAAGACAUGCAUGCCGCCCAAAGCCCCUUUCCAAACGACAUUGCUCCUUCUCCUUUCUAAGGAUACUGUGGUUUCUUAAUCACAACGUUUCAUUUUCAAUAUAUAUAUGAGUGUAAACGGAACGAGGAAUAAUUUUUAGCAAGUUCAUUUCCUUUUUUCUGGAUGGGGAAAUUAGUUUGAUGAGAUCUACGUUUGCUUGAAAAUUUAUUGUAAUACUCAUUCAACAUUAUAUCGAUCGGCAGUUUGUACAUGAUAUACAAUACUAAAAAGAUCAGGACAACAUAU